CGGUAGACGCCUAAAAUAUAUCAGCUGAUGGGGUCAAACAAAGUUCAGUAGUGUUUCGGUGGGGAGGCACGCGAAACUUUCACUGGAGUGAAAGGUAUUCUACAAAGAGAGUGUUGAAGUUAAUAAGUAACGUCAAGUCAACAUGGCGCCGACUCGCUGGGGGUUUGUGAGCGCAGGGAGGAUCAGCAACGAGUUCAAAAUCGCUCUGGACACCCUCCCUCAAGACGAACAUCAGGUUGUGGCUGUGGCAGCCAGAAGUCUGGAGAGUGCCCAGAAGUUUGCUAAACAUCACGACAUCCCGAGGGCUUACGGAUCAUAUGCAGAGCUGGCAGCACAGGACGACAUAGAUGCUAUAUACAUCGGCGCCAUCCAUACCCAGCAUGCCCCAGUGACGACCAUGAUGCUCCAGGCGGGGAAGCCUGUCCUGUGUGAGAAGCCGAUGUCAGUCAACUCCCGAGAGGCGCGGCAGAUGAUCGGCCUCGCUAAGGAGAAAAACAUCUUCUUUAUGGAGGCUGCUUGGAGUCGUUUCUUUCCGGUGUACCUGAAAGCCCGUGAAAUAAUGGACUCAGGAGGAAUUGGGGACGUGAGACUGGUCACCGCGUGUUUUGGAUUUCCGAAGGGCGAUGAGCCAAGGAUGAAGGAAAGAUCCCAGGCAGGUGGAUCUCUGAUGGAUCUCGGCUUCUAUCCAGUCCAGUUUGCCAACUUUGUGUUCAAAGGAGAAGAACCAGAGGACAUCACUGUUAGCGGACACCUAACUGACAGCGAAGUGGACGAGACUGUGAGCAUCAUCCUGAAGUACAGCGGGAACAGGAUGGCCACCCUGGUCUGCUGCAUGACCUCACUCCUGGCUAACGAGGCUUACGUGUACGGGACCAAGGGAACUCUCAAGAUUCCAUCCUUCUGGAGUCCUCAAGAGCUGGUUGCUCCAGACGGGACCCACAAGUUCCCCCUCCCCCCAGCUGGGAAACCCAUCAACUACUUCAACGCUACAGGGAUGAGGUACGAGGCCAUGGAAGUCAGGAGGUGUCUUCAGGAAGAUUUGAUUGAGAGUCCCCUGAUGACCCACGCCAUGAGCCUACAGAUAGCCGGUAUCCUGGACCAGGCACGGAAGGUCGUCGGGGUGGUGUUCGACCAAGAUAAGGAGUGAACCACUCGCUACAUGGGGGAGAUGAGGCAGGAAAAAAAACCACCACCGCAAAGGAUGGACGAAAGUAAAGUUACUGGCUGCUGUGCAAAGAAAUUCAUCCACUAAUAUUCACACACAUGGUGCUAAUGUAUCAAAUACUGUGUCAGAUACUGGUAAUUUGGCCUAGUAGGUAAAUUUGCAGUACAUUGUACAUGUACAAUGGGCAAUUAGAUACUGCAGAAUUAUGUGUAAUACAUAUUGC